CGAAUUGAAAACAAAAAAAAGAAAAACGAAGGCUGAUCUACCGAUCGCGGACAGAGUUAUUUCUUUUAUCUUCCAACCGUGCCAAUCCAAUCUAAAAUUUGUUUCAUCUUUUUGUCGACCUUAACUUUAACUUAAUAUAUCAUCCUCUCUGUUUCAACUUUCAACUCUUGAAUCAAGCAAAUAUCACAAAUGGCAGACGCUUAUUGGCGCUACACCGACUCUCGGCAGCCCCCGCCUUCGACCGUUCCUACUCUUGUCUCCAAACGACCUCGUUCCGACUACGAUAUCUCUGGUGGCCAUGAAUUGCCUGGUUAUUAUCCCCAUGAUGAAGAUAGAGGAGCUAUCCGUGUAACGAGAGAUACUGACUCAAUUGGAGCAUCUUAUGAUCGAUAUCUGCGUAGUGCGCAAAUUCAAUCUUAUGGUGGGGGGCAGUCUGCAAGACCCACAAGUGGAGGAAUGCCUGGUCGCUCUGUUGAUGAUCCGCGCAUCGGGGGUAUUGGGGGCUUGGAACCUGGGGUAAGUGCAAAAGACAGAACCCUGGGAUUAGGAGGUGGAAGGGCUGAGAUUCCUCUUCCUCCUGAUGCUUCCAGUACAUUAUAUGUGGAGGGAUUGCCUUCUGAUUGUACACGACGGGAAGUUUCUCAUAUUUUUCGUCCUUUUGUUGGCUACAAAGAAGUAAGACUUGUAAGCAAGGAAUCAAGACAUCCUGGAGGAGAUCCACUUAUUCUUUGUUUUGUUGAUUUUGUAAGUCCUGCCCAUGCAGCCACUGCCAUGGAUGCUUUACAAGGUUAUAAAUUUGAUGAGCAUGACCGUGACUCGGUUAAAUUAAGGUUGCAAUUUGCUCGCUAUCCUGGUGCAAGGUCAGGUGGCGGGCAUCGUGGAAAGCGUUGAAUUAUGCGAUUUUUCAGGGGCAUUUGCGCAAACUGGGGGGAUUACGAUAAUGAGAGACCGUACGACAGCAUUGCAUUUUCGAGCAUUAUACCAAUCUCUGAAAGUGUGGUUUCGAUAGGAUGAACUUUAAAUAUGUAGUUUUUGAUAAUUGCGAGGCGAUUGCUUAAGUUGGGAGAGUAGCUUUGUUAUAAGAUAACUGCAAAUUUGAUUUUAAUCUUCAAAACUAUCGUGGCCUGGGUUUACUUAGACGCUGCUAAACUUGUUUCUGGUUGAGCAUGGUGGAAACCAACUUUGUUUGUCUUUAUUUUGUCGUUAGGAGUCAUUUUGUGAUAUAAAAUUCGCAAUGUAAGUGUGGUAGGUUGCAUAGAUUUAAAUUAAUUUUUUGAUUAUGCAGUUUCAUUCGGAAACAAAAAAGAGGGAAGAGGUUCCGGGCUUCCUGCUUCCUGCUUGCUAAUUAGAUUGUCUGAAAUAAAGCAUGCUUUGUUUGUUUUUAUCAUA